UCCGGCUCGCCAGUGAGGUCGCCACCUGCUCGGGAACUGGUCGGGCGGCUUCUAACAGCUGCGUUUUAACACUCGGGGGCUUAUAACAGGCGCUGUAGGAGAAUUAUUAUAUCCUUUAAUGUGGUUAAGUGUAUACAAAAUAUGGAAAGAUGAGUUAGUGCGAACCAGUGUGAUUUUAACUAUCGGUGUCAAGUGUUAGUACCACACCCAAGGGAAGAACGAGAUGCAUCGGACACCCACUGAAUGUUGCAAGUUUUACCUUUAACUCUCCUGUGUGCGAUCUCCACCUCACAACACGCAGAAAGACAAACAAGCCAAUCAUGCCUGGAGGAGUAAGACGUAGCUACAUCUUGGCAGUCGUCGGCGUCGCCCUCUUCGCCCUCUGCUACCACUUGUCCUCAUCUCCCCAGCACAGGUACAACGUCCGCCUCAACCAGGACGGCCGGGAGCUCAGCCUCGAACUCUCCGAGGCCGAACUAGAGGAUUUCCUGAAGAACAACGCUCAGAAGACGAAGAGCGAGGCGAAACCGACGUCAACCACAACCUCGCCAAAGCCACAGGCGAGGAACACGAGCCAAGGAGAUGACGUGGAGUUCGUGGUAGUGAACAACAAGGUGUACCUCAAGGGCGAGCCCAUCCCGCAGAUUGUCCGCUACCCCGUGCUCAAGCCCACGAAGGGACGAGUGCUCAAGAACAUGGAUUUUAGCAGAUUCAAAGGAGAGGAGAAGAAGUUCAUGGAGGCGCGUCGUAAGGAGCUUCUGCGGAGAGCUUCUCGAGUGAGCUCCAUGUGCAAAGCGCGCUCGAAACUGGCUACCUCCAGGUUACUGCACUUGAUCUGGGAUCUCAAGCACCAGCCUAACGUGGUGUGGUGUCCUAAUUAUAAGGUCGCCUCCACUUCCUGGAUGGUCAACUACCUCCGUCUCGCCCACUUCAACGAAGACAACCCCGAGAUCCUCAAACUGCCGCCGGAGAAGAGGGAGCAGAUGCGGCUGACGGUGAAGUAUGGGGCGCGGCAGAAAAAGGUGUUUGAGCUGUACCCUGCCCCUAGCGACGGCGCAUACCUGAAGGAGGCGUUUGAGGGCGCCGUAAGGGUAAUGUUCGUCAGGCACCCCUUCGCCAGGAUCCUCUCAGCCUACAGGGAUAAAAUGAGCAAAAUGGACCCCAAGCCUCGAGAAUACCACUUUCGGGACCUUCAGCUGACUAUCAUCUCGAAGUACCGACAUGCAGAUAGUCCUGAGACGUCUCCCUUCCCGACUUUCCCGGAGUUUGUGCAGCAUAUCAUUGACUCCACUAAAGGCUACCAGACAGCGGAGGACUGGGUGGAUCAUGUGAAGUGCUGGACACCAUACUGGGCGCAAUGUAACGUAUGUAGCAGUGACUACACCCUCAUUCUCAAGUUGGAAACUAUGCAGGAGGAUGAAAGGUUCCUCAUAACUCUUGCAAACUACGAAGAACUCAAGAAAAGGCAGACGCAAGAAUGGCGGCACCUUAAGAACGCCACUUCCCAGGACCUCGCUUCUCAGUACUACUCUCUCCUCACCCACGAGCAGAUCCUUCAGCUUCACCAGCGCUAUCUCCUCGACUUCCAGCUCUUCGAGUACACGAUUGACGACUACCUGAAAUAUGCUAAUGAUCGAUAAGGGUGAUUUGCGCGCGUCAGGAUCAUGGGGAGAUAGGUCGUGUGUGUCUGUUAUGCGAUUUGAUUUCUCGAUAUAUGUGAAUGUAUAUGUAUAUAUUAAUACUUAUGCAUAUACAUCAUCGUCAUUAUCGUUAUCGUUGAUAUGGUUAUCAUUAUCGAUAUUAUUUUCAUUUUAAUACUAUCUACGCUAUGAUUAUUUUAUCCGUUAUUACUUGUAUUAUUGUUAUUAUCGUUAUUGUUAUAAUUAUUUUGGUAAGGGUGAUGAUGAUUAUAAUAAUGAUUAUGAUAGUAAUAAUAAUUACCAAUUAUGACAAUAAUAAUAAUAAUGAUAAUGAUAAUAACAUAAUGGUAAUGAAUCACAUUCAUUAUCAUUGAUUAUGGUUCAAUCUCCAUCACGCUUCUUUGUGGUUUAUCAUUUUCAUUAAUUUUCUCUACGGAUGAUUAUUUACACUGUUUCCAUAUUUUCAUCAUAAUUCAUUAUGAUUCACGAUGCUCAGUUUCGUUCAGUGUUACAUUCUGACUCAUUGUUUUCACUCGAAUUCAUUGUGUGUUUUUUUUAUCGAAGUUCAUCAUUUCCAUCAUGAUUCAUUCUGUUCACCAUUGUUCAUCAUUCUCAUUAUUGUUCAUUUUGUUAAUUGUAGAUCGUUUUUAUAAAUGUUCAUCUUGGUUAUUAUAGAUAACUUUCACCAUAGAUCAUUCUGUUCAUCAAAGAUCAUUUUCAUCAUUGCCCAUUCUGUUCAUUAUAGAUCAUUUUCAUAAUUUCUCAUCCUGUUCAUCGCAGAUCAUAAUGUUCACCAUGGUUAAUUUUGUUCACGUCUCAAGUGUCAAUUCCUCAGGCAAAGCAAUUUUGAACGAAUUUUUAUCUCGAAACCUCACGCGUCAGGGAGAUCAAAUCAGCAUUAUUUUUUUAGGGCCAAAAGGAGGGUAUAUAGUUGGCUGCAUUUAUUUACCCUCCAUUUAUCUAUUUGUUCAUAUAUGGGUGAUUCUGGUUUAAGAAUUAUGUGAUUGUUAGCUUUUAAAAGAUUUGGUGCCAAUGCAAUUUGUCACCGAAAAUGGGUCCGCUUGGUAGUUCGUUUUCUUUUAUGUGUUAAGGGUAAACUUAUAUAUUUUUGUUAGAUAAUUUUUUUUUAUUUCCAUGAGCAUGCUCCCAUACUGGAAAUAGACAGCAUUACAAAUAGAUAGCAGUACAAAUAGCAAACAGUGGGUAUUAACGUCUGGUUACCAUAGGGUAUUAUAUCCGGAUUGAGAUAAACUGUUCUGUUUUUUAAGAAAAACAUCAAACUUAAAAAAAUAAACUUUUUUUUUUCUAA